AUGGAUCAAGAGAUUUCAGAUGAAAGAAAUGCAUGCUUUAGAAGAUUCUAUCCUCAUGGGGGCCCAGAAAUGAACGAACUGAAACAGCAGUUUGCCAACUUCAGUCUUAUGGGUCCUGGAUUUAAUGGUUUCGACUCCAUUGAAGAUAGAUCUUUGCUAGAGCCGAAGCAGUGGUGGGGGAUUCAUGGAAAUUCUGCCCCGGCUUUGAGGACCAUUGCUCUGAAAUUACUUGGGCAACCAACCUCCUCUUCUUAUUCUGAAAGGAAUUGGAGUACAUAUGGCAUGAUACACAAUACAUUGAGGAACAGGCUCAACCCUGCACGUGUUGAAGAUUUAGUUUUUGUGCAUCAAAACUUGCGCCUUAUUUCAAGGAAAUCACCAGAGUAUAUAUCUGGCCCAUCCAGAUUUUGGGACAUUGGAGGAGAUAGAUAUGAGCUGUUCGUUGGUGGUGCUGACUUCCUGGAGCAAGCUGAACUAUCACUAGAUGAGCCUGAACUGGAGGACUUACUGAAUGAAAUUGAAGCAUUGGAUGUGGAUUAGUGAGGUGGAUGAGAGAGCCUUAUUGACUUGUGAGCUGGUCGUGAUGUGAACUUCGUUUUAUUUUGUGAGAACCUGAACCUAAAUUAUGAUAUUUAUCUAUCUAUGCGACUAUGUGCGUGUGAA